CGAGAGGAGAUUGCGGAGAGAGGCUAGAGAGAGAGAGCAGCGGCAAGGAGAGCGAGGGUAGCUGAGGAUAGUGCCAGGUCUAGGAUUUCAGCUUGCACCGGUACGACCAUGGCUACUUCAUGUACCAUGUCGCAGGCCUCUUCACAGGCCACUUCAUCAGGAGUUAGUCAAAGUGGUUCUCAGGGGUCCAUUAGCCAAAGUGCUGGCUUGCGAGUCAGCCAGCAGACUCAACUCACGCCGAAGGAUUAUGAAAUCCUCCAAGCAGAAGAACUUCAGGAUGAGCUACAGCGGCAAUUGGAUGAGGCAGCAGAGAGGAGAAGGAGAGCAAUCAUGAGAAAAGCUAGACUAGGUAGUAGGAGAGAGGAGCUAGGCAGAUUAGAAGCAUUAGAUGAGUCAGCACUUGACCCUGCGAUACGAGCGCUGCGUAACUCGCUUCUUUGUGUGGCAGAAGCGCAGGCUGUCCAGCAGGAAGUGCUGGCUGAACUAAUGGCAGGCCAGAAGCAGAUUCUGGCUGCACUGCAGGCUCCUCGUCCCAUGAUGAGGCAGCCUCAGUAUGUUGUAGCUCCCCCUUCGGGUGCGGGUCCAUCAGUGAUUCUGUCGCCGCCACUGCAGCAAGCCCCUGGGUCCAUGCAGCCUAUGCAGUGGAUGCCCAAAAUACCCUUGUUGAGUCAUAAGCCCUUCUCCGGCAACAGGAAGAAGGACGAGGAUUUGGAUACCUGGGUAAGGACGGUGCCUACCUAUGUAAGGCACAAGCUUACCAGGCCACAACAAGAAGUUGUUGUGGCUGCCUCCUUUUUAGAGGGGUCAGCAGCCCGUUGGUUGAAUGGCCUAGUGCAGCAGCAGGGCUACGGUAAGAACUUCGAUGCCUGGGCCCACACCCAGACAUUGGAAGAGUUUGUACGGUCCGUGUACAACAGGUGGCAUGACCCUCAAGGGGCUCAAAAGGCUACCGAUGCAAUCAACAGUCUCUGUGCCAGAAGGUACAAGAAUGUUCAAGAGCUAACGGACACCGUAGAACGUCUGCUCGUGGUACCUGGUGUGCGUUAUGACCAGCAGGUACUCCUCACGGAUUACCUUAGAUGUCUACCUUCAGAGGUCAGGACAAAGCUGGUAGACGAGGCAUAUGUCGAGCAGCACAACUUCGCCUCUUUCAGCAAGAAGGCCUUAGAUAUAGAGGCAAAAUUGGGAUCUGCGCAUCAGAGUCAAGGAGAUGGUAGGAAAAAGAGGGUACCCCAGGACUGGAAAAGGAAAGGUCAACUAAUGUUCGUCAACCACGAUGGUCAGGCAACAAAAAUUGACGAUUUCCCAGACCUUGGGGAGGAGACAGAGCAUGAUGGGGCCAGUGAGACUUCGGAUGGGGGAGUCGUGGCACCCAUCAAGGAAAAGGCUAGGGAGACCGGGAAGAAGAAGGUAGGCCGGUCUACGGGUCAGGGCGACCAAGGAACACCCGUUUGGGUGAAACUUGAUUUAGAGUACGAGGUUUGGAGGGAUCGAGUUGCCAGGGGCACGUGUAUGAACUAUGGCAACUUUGGCCACACGUCAAGAACGUGUCGAGGCAAGAAGGUCACCACGAGGGUGGCCUCACCAACGGUGGUGGGACUUUCUUCAAACUUUGGCAGUGCUUCUGCGAGCACUUCGCAGGGAAACACCUCGGGCCAGUAGGAGUUUUAGCCGCUCUUACUCGCGCUGAAGU